AUGUCCGCCAGGGCCUGGCCCAAAGGUCGAGGAAAGGGCCACCAGGAUAAAGACUUCCACCGAAGGCGAAGCAAAGGCCACAAGGAGGACUCUGACACGAGCUCCAAUGUCGACGGCUCCAAGCCCAAGACCCAAGGGCAGGAGCUUGAGAAUGACCAGUGGAGAUCCUCCAACUGGACAGACCUCCCAGAAGGAUGGAACACGGACGAGUUGCCGGUAGAAGACUGGCCUUCCCCUGUGCCAUGGCCGCCCCAGGAUCCAGCUUGGUGGGCCGACCUGGCCUCACAGCUUCCUGCUGCUUGGGGAACAGGAGCUAUUUCAUCUGCAAGGGUGAAGGGCCUGGAAGCCAUUUUGUCGCCAUUCUCGGAGGGGCCCGGCGGCACCGAGUCGGACUUCGACGGUCUCCAGCCGGAUCCUGCAAUCAGCCCAGAUGCGUUUCCGGCCGAUCCGACAACGCUCUGGGGGUACGCCAACGACGGCUCUGCAAGGAAGCUCGGCGGAAGACAGUGGGUUCUCGCAGAAGAGAGGCCGCCAUGUGAAGCAUCCCCUACAGAUGACUUCGUCUCGGCAGAAGUGCUUCUUGGACGCUGGGUGGAUUCGCAGGGCCACUCUAUUCACGUCCUUUCCACGGACGCAUUCAAUGUUCGGCUGCUCGCGACAUUGAGAAAGACGAUGUGUCCGGACAAGCAUCUGGCAUUGAAGCCAAUCAGGCUGGGUGGAGGGUGGCAGUGCGGGCACUCGAUCCUGGAUCCUUCCUGGAGUACCUCAGCGCAGCUCCACUGGGUUGCGGGGGACGGCCACGUCACCGUGUGGGUACGACCCCCGCAGGCGAAGGGCAAAGAGAAGCCGCAGGAUGUGGAGGUGCAGGCCUCCGAGACAUCCUCCUAA